AUGGACCUGAGAAGGAACACUGCCUCAGCCUCCAGCCCUCUCUCCCUCACUCCCCCCCUCUCUCCCUCACUCACCCCUCUCUCCCUCACUCCCCCCCUCUCUCCCUCACUCCCCCCUCUCUCCCUCACUCACCCCCUCUCUCCCUCACUCCCCCCCCUCUCUCCCUCACUCACCCCUCUCUCCCUCACUCACCCCCUCUCUCCCUCACUCACCCCCUCUCUCCCUCACUCACCCCUCUCUCCCUCACUCCCCCCCUCUCUCCCUCACUCACCCCUCUCUCCCUCACUCCCCCCCUCUCUCCCUCACUCCCCCCCUCUCUCCCUCACUCACCCCCUCUCUCCCUCACUCACCCCCUCUCUCCCUCACUCACCCCUCUCUCCCUCACUCACCCCUCUCUCCCUCACUCACCCCUCUCUCCCUCACUCACCCCUCUCUCCCUCUCUCCCUCACUCACCCCCUCUCUCCCUCUCUCCCUCACUCACCCCUCUCUCCCUCACUCACCCCUCUCCCCUCACUCACCCCUCUCUCCCUCACUCACCCCCCUCUCCUCUCCCUCACCCCCCCCUCUCUCCCUCACUCACCCCUCUCUCCCUCACUCACCCCUCUCUCCCUCACACUCCCCCCCUCUCUCCCUCACUCCCCCCCUCUCUCCCUCACUCACCCCUCUCUCCCUCACUCACCCCUCUCUCCCUCACUCACCCCCUCUCUCCCUCUCUCCCUCACUCACCCCCUCGUUCGUCACUUUACUUUGGAAGCCCCUGGACCCCUUUAUUUUAA